AGAUGUUCUACUCAAAGGCAGGUUUCUCCGGCGUGGAGGCAUACCGGCCACGAGCCGAGUUCCUCAUGCGCUGCAAGAACAAGCAGAUUGUCAACUUCUUAGCCGAGGGCAGUGCGACGGACGGUGAGAAGCGCGCGUCUGUCUCGCUCGAGAGCUGGUUCGCCGAACCGAUCACUAUGGGCUACAUCUUUGCGAGUCGCUCGGACUACUACGGCGCCGCGCCCUUCAAUCUCACCGACACCUUCAUCAAGGUCGGCGAGAAGUGUCUGCUUGGCAUCGAGGCGAACGGCGACGCGAGUCAGAGCCGCAACACGUACAGUAAAUCGCUGCACUACACCGUCACGUCCGACUAUUUCCAGACUUACAAGGUCGACUACGACCUUGAUUACGAAGACGGCAGGGUGAACAUCAGAGAGUAUUCAGCGAAGUACGGAAGCAAGUUGCUGUAUUCGCUAUCCGGCACCGGCUACGUAGAAGGCUACAACAAUGGCUACCCAGCGUAGGCAUCA